AUGACCAGUCUCUUCGAACUGGAGGCUCAACUCGUAGAAUCUGCAAUGUCCGUGCGAACGAGAAACGAUUUCCAUAGCAAGCUCGCCAGUUUGAUGGACGUUCAUAAAGCGACGAACAAAAUCUUGGUCAAAAUGACGCGCGAUGCUGGGAUGGAGCCUCCAGCGCUUCUCGAGGUAGCAGACGACGUAAAUAUAUCCUUUUCAUCAUCUGGGCCGACCAAAGUGGGCAAGAUAGGAUUCCAAAGCCUGCCCGACGAGCUUUUGGCUCAAAUCUUCAAGCUCCGUCGAGAUAGCGGUCAUCCCAUGGCUUUCCCAUCUUUGAUGCGAGUAUGUCGGCGGUGGAAGGAAGUCAUAUCCAACGACCCAACUCUCUGGAGCAAGAUUCAUGUCCAACCGACUGGGUAUUACAAAGACAUCCAAUGGUGGCACUGGUAUGUCAGGAGGCAUAUCUCCAAGAGCGUAGAAUGCCCCUUGGACAUUACUCUGGACUUUUCUGGUUUACGGGGCCUGUCAGAACAUAUUGAUGAUUUCCUCGAAUCUUUCCUGUCGGGUAAAGAUCUUCUGCACGACGAGGAUCUGGAGAACUGGAGAAUAGAGUACCACUGCGAAGACCUUGUCUCAAGGUACAUGUGGUAUUUUAUCGACAUUAUCCGUCUCCUGACUGGACGCUUCCCAUUGAGUUCGUCUACAUCCGAAUCCUCGGAAUCGGGUGAUGACUUACAUGGCUAUGACUUAUAUGGCUAUGAGGACGAAGAUGUAUCCAAUCUUUUCAAAGAAGAUGGCGGCGAGGGAGAGGAUCUGCUGAUACGGGAGUCAGCACCCCUCGCGCCAGUGACUGCGAGGCCCCAGGUUUCCAAGCCUAUCACCGACCGAUGGCGCUCAUUUCACCUCGUAAUUCCUGAUUUUUGGGGGAAUGAUGGCACCUUACACUCAGUCUGGGCUCUCCUCGACCGGCCAACUCCUCUUCUCGCGGUCCUUUGCCUCGAUUUCCAUGGAAUGACGCGGAACGGUCCCCCGCUGGGCAACAACGUAUUAUAUAAAACCGCAUUCCCGGAUACAAGUGCCCUUCGGGAAUUGAGGAUCGACUUUCCCGUCGACUUGAAGUGCUUUACGAUUGGGCGAAGGACCGUUCGAAAGCUUUCGCUCCGUAUCGAAUGGGACUUCUUUGAGGAGCUCAACCAGUAUACGAAUCUGGAGUGCCUGAAGCUCGUACAUACGGAGCAUAGGGCGGACUAUCCAUCGAUAGCGCCGAAACUCCCAAAACUCGACUUUGCAAGGCUUCGACAUCUGAUCAUUACUGGACAAAUUCUCAUACAAUACACUCUUGCGAUCACUUCUCCACAUCUGGAAAAGAUUACCCUACUUACUACUACCCGGCUUCCGCUCCUCAUGUUCGAGUCAUUCGCCAGGGUCAAGAGGCUCGACCUGGUGAUCGACCAAUGGCUUACAAUUGAGGAGGAUAAAACGGUUAGACCCUCCAUGAGCUCGGCAUACACUCAGCAAGACUUGAUUUUUACUGAAGAUCUGCUGGUGCAGUGUGCCAAUAUGGAGGAGCUACGAGUGUGGAGCAACGACGCGGACCCAGGAGGGGAGCUCUUUGUCAGACAUGUCACGUCGUUGGUUAAGAAGGGAUACCUCCGCAAUCUGCGACAAGUGACCUUUAUGUGGCCACCGACUCGCUCACGGGAUAUGGAGACAGCGAUAGAAAGUCCAUUAGGUCAACCACCUCGCCUAAGUGUUCGAUUAUUGGACAAGUAUAUCUCCCUACACGUUGAUAGUGCGCAACGAGCGACCUUGGUCUCUACCACGUCUGCGGCAUUUCUCACUUCGCCCAAGAAGCUCGAUGUCCGGGAGGGGCAACGCCAUCCGACGACUCCGUCAAGUUCCGCAUGUUUGUCGGCGGAGAUAUCAACUCGAAUCGUCGUCGAAUCAGUUGAACAGUCCGACCUGCAAGUGGAAAGCAUCAAUCGAAUCCUUUCAAUCGCACAAAUCCUCCUCGUUCGCAUUUCCGCCAAAACAGAUGAAAAAACAGACACAGAGGAAAUACAAGAUUCGAGGAUAGACUCGAUCAAUUCACCUUAUACCGGACGCACGCCGGCCAUCGUGAUCGGGCACCUCCCCGUCGAGAUUCUCCUAUCCAUAUUUUACUACUAUCGCGACGAGAAUACUACGACGAGACUUUCACUUCUGAUGAGAGUAUCUCGAGGGUGGCGCGACAUCGUGCUGAGUAGUCCUGGCCUUUGGAGCCGCAUCAACCUUGCGCCUACUGGGUUUCUCACUAACACCACGUGGUAUUAUAGUCACAUUAGCACGUGUUUACAACGAAGCGGAGACUUACCACUGGACAUCACAGUAGACUUUACCCAGAUCGAACAGAUAACCGGGCAUUUGGAUAAAACGCUCGAAAUGCUACUCCCUCCAGGAUACAUGUUUGAUACCUAUGGGUGCGGAGACUGGGGCUUCAAUGGCGCUUACGAGGAUAUGAUACGAGUGUAUCACGACCAGUUCGUCGACAUCCUCCGUCUUCUAGCCGGUCUACCACCCUCUUCAACAUUUAUGGACUACACUCGCCUAGGCACGGAUGAAGAUCAUAUAGCGGAGAUUUCGGAUUUACAGAACGGGCUCACUCUCAGCAGUCGCCAUGCCUUUAGCCGAUGGCAGUCACUUGAAUGGACCCUCCCGUCUUCAUUUCCACCAGAUAUACUCCCAGAAACGCACCUGGUGAGAUUCAAGCUUGAUCUCAACGCCGCCAUCAGUGCCUCUCCGAGACACAUUCCCCGCCAGCUUCGAACAAAAGCCCACUGUUCGCUCAAUCAUGGCCACAACCACCUCGUCGAGUUGGAAUUAUGCCGCUUGGCGUUGAAAAUUACUUCAGAGAGCAACUUAGAACUCAAAACUCACAAUUUGGGCAAGCUUGUCCGCGUCGCGUCUGACUUGCUCACUGUGCUCGCCAAACCACAUAGUGCGCUUCUCGCAUCAGGGUAUCAAACGUCUCAAUCAGGAGUCGUGAAAGAGAGUAAACAGCAGGAGUCGCGACGGACGACCAUCCACGACUUGCCAGGCGAAAUCCUGUCGCAUAUCUUCCGCUCCCUACACGGCGAAGACAGGACUACAACGCUGCCGUCCAUCAUAGCGGUAUCUCGUCGCUGGCAUACUACCGUUGUUCAAGAUCCUUAUCUUUGGAACGACAUCGUCGUCAGGCCGAAUGGACUGAUGAAAAACAUCAGAGCAUGGCAUUACUAUGUGCAAAGAUGCCUAGAGAGGAGCUUAAACUGCCCCCUGGACAUCACGGUCGACUUUUCGGAGGUCAGGCCCAUCUCCGAGCAGGUCGACAAGCCACUGAGGGCGGUAUUCACAGCAGUAGACCUGCAGAAUAACGAGUACGAACUCGAAUCCUGGAAGUUUGAGGACCAGUGUCCCAACCUCACAGAUAUUUACUUCGACUACUUCAUCGACGUCCUUCGGCUCCUCUCUGGGACCCAGACAAAGUCAAAUCUUCUCAAGACAAGGGGGAAACCAUCAAAAAAGUCGAAGAAAUCAACACGAAAGUCGAAGAAACAACCCGCCACAGGGCUCACCGACGCGAAUACGGUGGCAAUGCGAUGGCGCUCCUUCCAUCUCAUUCUCGGUGAAACCUGGCCAAGUGACUAUAUCGAAAAGAUGUGGUCUUCGUUGGACCAGCCUACACCACACCUCGUACGGAUCCAUCUCGAACUUCUGGGAGAGCCCAAAGAGCCUUCAUACGAGGACGAUGUCCUAUACAAGGUUGCUUUUCCAUGUGUUGACGCACUGGAGGAAUUUGAAUGCAACUUUCCCCUCGAGCUGGAUAGCCUGGAGCGUAUCCAUCCCAAGGUCAAAGACCUUAGUAUCUUCUUGGACAAACUCACCUUUGGCGAACUUAACAAGUUUGAAAACCUGGUGCGACUCGAGUUGUGGCAUAAGAGCAAUAAGGAAAAUCCUGCAUCGGACAUGCCGGGCGACAAGGUUCAUCUUCCAAAACUCAAGCACCUUGCUCUGUGCGGCGUCGUACCACAAUUUAUCCCAAUCGUACUUACGACCCCUGCUCUCGAGUCUUUGUCGCUCCUGUAUUACGGAUGGGUGGAACUAGGGGAGAAAACGGAGCUCUAUUCUACAGUAAAGAAACUCGAUUGGCGGGUCGGUGAUUGGUGCGAGUAUACGGGGUUCAAACAGAUGCCUAUCAACAAGGACGGCUAUCCCGAUUCCGAUUUCCGGAGCAUGGACCACCUAUUUCAACAGUGCACAAGUCUUGAGGAGCUUAGAGUAUGGGCGAAUCACGCGGACCAAUGGGGUAAAGCGUUUAUGAAGCGACUUCUACCACUCAUACCGUCCGACAAGCCACUCAGCAAGUUGAAGAAGGUUAUAUUUUACUUCCCAAUGGACUGGAUGGAUGACUUUGACCAGAGCAAAAUUACAUGUUCAUACGAUAUAGACGCCAUGAGGAACCAGCCUCCAGGCACCGAACUGGUGCCCACAUAUCUAAAAUAG